UACAUUUGUAUACAAACACUCGAGAUGAGACGACAUUUAUUGUUUAUUUAUACAUUUUGUUGUUGCACUCUUUGUUCUCCCCAUAUAGUGUCAGGCAUUGUACCAACUAAAAUGCAUAUUCUCGUACGAAAUGUGUUCCUCUACAUGCGUAUAUAUAUGUGUAUGUGUAUUUAUGUUCUAUAAAUUGUGAAAUGUUAUUCAUUUCGUUCGCUACUGCGCCGCCAAAUGCUUCUCAUAUAUAGAAAAGACGUAGAAAAUUGGAUAAAAUAUUGCUGGCGAUUCCAAGCUGAACGCCUGUUCAAUCUUAUGAGAAAGAUUUAGUUUUUAUAUCAUAGCUUUUUUAUCUUUGCUUGUUUGUUGUUUGUUUUAUUCAGGAACAACAGCAACAACAGUAACAAUAACAACAGCAACAACAAUAAUAAAUUGCUAUAGCUACGGCUAACCGUCAACAUUUUAUAAAGAAAUAACAAAUAAUUAAGAUUCAUAGGAAGUGUGCCAUAAAAUUAAUAUUUUAAUCAAUUCUUUGUUGAAAAAUGCAAAAAGAAAAACAUAAAAAAAAAACGAAAUAGAUUUCAUUGCCUUUAAAUGCGAUGUACAUACAAUAAAUAAAUACAAUGUAGAGUGUAAUGAGCGAUCCCUUAGCAAGCACUCAUUCUUUAAUUAGUUUGUAUUUGUCUUUAAACAUUUCUUUUCCCGAUUUCGUAUAUAUUUCGAUUGACCGAUAAUUUCUGAUUGUAGUUGUUCUUGACGCUUUCCGCCAAAUUGUCGUAAUACCUUGUGUAGAGUGUUGUAGAACAAAAAUUUUAAAAAUAACUUUGUAAAACUUGUGAACGAAUAAAGACUCGAGCAUGCGCGCUCCAACUUUUAUCUAACAAAUCACUCUCUAGCACUCUACACAAUAUAUCAUUAGCUCUUAAUGGCUUUUGUGCGGGUGAGAGGACGACGGCGACGACGACGACGACGACGAGGCGGCCGGGGGCAUCGAGCAUUGAUAUCCAAAGUGUUUUAAUUGUGCAAAAUACGUUUCGUUCGUGUGUAUAAAAAUUUAUCAAGCAAGUCUACUGACUGCUGAACGAUUUGAUUUAAAAAAAAAAAACAAAAAAAAAAACAAAAAAAAAUCAAACAAGCAAAUACACGUUCACGUGUAUGCUUAUGUAUAGAUAAACGUAAGAGACUGAGCUGUGCUCCACUUCCUUAUUCGUCGAAAAUCUCGAAAUCCAAUUAAGACAUUAAGAAGGGCAAAAAAGAAUUGCAACCGAACUAAUUUCAAAGUAUAUGAUGAGAUCCUUCAAAAGCGUGUAUUUCGAUUAGCGAGCUCGAGAAUUCCUACGGAAAGCUAGAUUCUUUCCAUUUUGCCCAUCUUGAGCGUGAGAACGAGACACGUUAGCAUUUGAUUUUAAAAGGUCAGUUGUUGUACCUUCUCUCUAUUGCACAAAUCUAGAAGUAGUUAUGCGCUAAAGCAGUGUCUAUGAGAAAGGGGAAGAAAUUGCGCGGUUGAGGAAACACUUAAACACAAGUGAACCCGUUAAUAAAACUCUGUAUUUAUGGAUGCAGGAGGUCUUCCAGUAUUUCAGAGCGCCAAUCAGGCAGCUGCCCAACAACAACAGCAGCAGCAGCAGCAGCAACAACAACAACGGCAUCAUCAAUUGAGUAUACAAUUGCAACAGCAGCAACAUUUACAACAUCAUCAACAACAAUUGCAGCAGCAUCAAAGCCUUAACUUGCAUUUGCAGCAGCAACAACAGCAGCAUCAACAAUUGCAAGCAAGCCAACAGCAACAAUUACAUAAUGUCCAACAACAGCAACAGAUACAAGUGCAACAUCAACAGCCGCAGCCGCAUCGUCAGCAUCAACAACAGCAGCAACAACAACAACAUCAACAGCAGCAUCAGCAACAGCAUCAACAUUCACCCUACAAUCCGAAUGCUGGAGCAAACCCAACGGCAGUUGGAAUUGUCGGCGGUCUCGGCCAUGGCGGCAACGGAAAUGGCGGCUCUGGAGCGGCAAUUGCAAAUGCGCAAGCUUUGGCAACACAACAUCAGCAACAGCAACAACAGUUACAACAGCAUCAACAGCAGCAACAACAGGCCGCGAUAUCUUCACCCAAUAGCACUGUCGGUAUUGUCGGCGAUAUGCCAAAUAAACGUCAAUCUGCGACAUUAUCCGAACGGCUUCAACGACGCAUCGCGAACUAUAGACGCCAUCAAUCCGAUUGUGCGCCCCGCUAUGAACAAACGUUUAAUACGGUUUGUGAGCAACAGAAUCAAGAGACCGCCGCCUUACAUAAACGUUAUCUGGAAGGCAAAAGUAAACGUACCGCCAAGAAAACUGAAAAGAAACCUACCGAGGCUGCUACAACUAUGCUGAGCGGUAAUUUACAAAGCAGCGUACAUGUGCAACAAAAAUUCCUAAAACGACCUACCGAUGAUGGCGAUAAUGGUGCUGAGAACUUUGAACCGCCUCAUAAAUUGCCCAAUACUAAUAAUAAUAAUAACAAUAACAAUAACAACAAUAAUAGCAACAGCAACAACAAUAAUAAUGGUUCCGAAAAUUUAACCAAAUUUUCUGUCGAAAUUGUUCAACAAUUGGAAUUUACUACAUCGGCUGCCAAUUCCCAACCGCAACAGAUUAGCACUAAUGUUACAGUGAAGGCUUUAACAAAUACCUCCGUCAAAAGCGAACCAGGUGUUGUUGGGAGCGGCGGUAACGGUGGCGUUAAUCCAGGUCAGGGUGUUGGUGUAGCUGAUUCCCAAGUGAAUAUCAACACUAAUAAUGGACGUGGUGGUGUUGGUGGUGGUUUGCAUAUGGGUGGUAAUGGUCCAAAUGCGGGUGCCAAUUUAAUGGGUGGCCAUAAUAUGAAUACAAAUCAACAGCAACAGCAACAGCAACAGCAACAACAGCAUCAACAAAAAGCGGCUAUGGGUGGUUUGGCUAACUUGGUCGAAUGCAAACGUGAACCCGAUCACGAUUUCCCCGAUUUAGCGGGUUUGGAAAAAGAUGGCGGGCCUAAUAGUAAUUUUCCUGGUUUUCCCGAAUUUAUGGGCGAUGAUGCUGCUGAAGGCAAUGAAACGUUCAAGGAUCUUAUUGACGGUCUGCAAGAUUUCAAUCCCGUCUUUUUAGAUGGCUUAGAUGAGAAGCCUUUAUUAGAUAUAAAAACCGAGGAUGGUAUUAAAGUAGAACCGCCUAAUGUUCAAGAUUUGAUCAAUAGUUUAAAUGUCAAAUCUGAAAAUGCUAUGGCGCAGUUUAAUGCUGCCUUUGGCGGGCCCACCAAUAAUGUUAUGGGUAAUAAUAUGGGCGCCGUAAUGGGUGGUGGAGGUAACGGUGGUGGUGGUGGCCAUAUGGGUAAUGUUAACAAUGAUCCGCAAGCAAUGAAUAAAAUGCGUUCGCAAUUCCAAAAUGGGCCCAAUACAGGACCCAUGUCUGAGUUGUCUUUGGCGGCUCAAACUCUUAAACAAAUGGCCGAACAACAUCAACAUAAAAAUGCCAUGGGUGGUAUGAGUUUUCCGCGUCCUUCCAUGCAUCAGACGCAGCAACAACAAAUGAUGGGAGCCGGUCCACCCAAUGGACGUUACGGCGAUUACGGUGGCGGCGGCUUUGGGGGACCAAAUGAUUUUAUGACUGGACCGCCACAACAACAUCCUCAGCAGCAUCAAAAUAUUCCAUCCCAGUUUCAGCAAAAGAUGCCACAAAACGGACCCAUGGGACCAGGUGGCGGGGUUGGGCAGCAAUCGUUCCUAGAUAUUAAACAGGAGCUCUUUUAUUCAUCACAACAAAACGAUUUCGAUCUCAAACGUCUUCAGCAUCAGCAACAAUUGCAACAGCAGCAGCAGCAGCAGCAGCAGCAACAACAACAACAACAACAACAACAACAACAGCAGCAGCAACAGCAUAUGGCCCAUGCCAAUAUGGCUAAAAUGGGCCCUAAUAUUCCGAAUGUUGUUGGCGGCUUCCCUAAAUCCAACGGUCCCGGUCAGCCCCAGCAAACGCAACAACCACAAAAUCCUACGCAACAGCCACAAUACUCGCCGUAUAACUCGCCGAUGGGUCCAGGAGGUAUUGGUCAAUCCAACCCUGGACAAGGUAAUUUUAUGCAUGUGCCAACACGCGGUCCGAAUCAAGGCCCAAACAGCGGAGGGCCGCCAACUAUGUCACCAGUGCAACAGCAACAGCAAGCUCAACAACCCCAGGCACAAAGCAAUAAUCACAGAGGCAUUAAUAAUGCAGGUCCAACUCCGGCCAAUUUAGCGGGUUGCCCUGGCGUUAACAACCCAAAUGCGAAUAAUCAAAAUGUGCCGAAUGCUGGAGCAAAUAUAAGUGGAGGACCGGCUGCCGGCAACGGUCCCAAUCCGCAGACACAAGCUAGCCCCAAUAUGGCUCAGUCGCAACAGCAACAACAACAAUCGCAACAGCAAACAACCACCACAACAUUGCAAAUGAAGCAAACACAGCAAUUGCACAUUAGCCAGCAAGGCGGUGCUCAUGGUAUACAGGUUUCCGCCGGGCAACAUUUACAUCUAAGCGGCGACAUGAAGAGUAACGUUUCAGUGGCUGCACAACAAGGUGUAUUUUUCAAUCAGCAGCAGCAGCAGCAACAGCAACAACAACAGCAGCAGCAACAGCAGCAAAAUACUCAAAGCCAACAGCAAACGUCCGGUAAUAGCGGAGGUGGGCCUACCUUAAAUUCUCAGCAGCAUUCGCAGCCGCCACAACCACAACAGCAAUCUAAUCAAAAUUUGAACAGUAACGGUGCCUCCGAUGGUUUUUCAAUGUCACAAUCGCAAACAAUGAACUUCAGUCAAGCGCAACAGCAGGCACAGAACUCAAAUCCUCAGCAAUCGCAAGGGGGUCCAGGGGCGAGUCAACAGCAGCAACAGCCACAACAACAAGUACCACCCAAUAUGCGUCAGAGACAAAAUCAAAAUCAGCAACAACAGGCUCAACAAGCCCAACAGGCAGCUGCGGUAGCAGCAGCUGCAGCGGCGGCAGCUCAAUCGGCAGCCAAUGGUAGUGGCUCAAUUUCUGGAUCGGUGGGCUCAAAUAAUGGUCCGAGCAAUAUAGUGGUCGGAGGUCCAAAUAAUACCGGCAUAAUGAAUGCUCCGCAAUUAGGCGGUGGUCCCAAUACAGCCGGUCCAACCGCACCGAACAAUAAUGGGUCUAUUGUUAACAUGGGAGGGCCUGGUGUCAAUGGUCCAGGACAAAUGGGUCCCGGUGGUCCUAUGGGAAGUAAUGGUAUGCCCGGCAUGGGAGCAAGUCCCCAACAAAUGAUGUCCGCUGCCGGCAUGAAUCCAAAUAUGGGUGCUGGUCCAAACUCCGGUAUGAUGAUGGGCGGUCCCGGUCCAAAUGGACCAUCCAUGAGUAUGAACCAAGCCAAAUUCCUGCAACAACAACAACAAAUGAUGCGCGCUCAGGUAAUGCAACAACAGCACGGUAUGUCGGCUGCGCGGCCACCACCACCCGAAUACAAAGCUACUCAAGCACAACUCAUGCAAGCGCAAAUGAUGCAACAAACAGUGGGAGCAGGUGGCGCCCGUUUUCCCAAUGCUGCCCAGGCGGCGGCAAUGCGGCGUAUGACUCAACAACCAAUACCGCCUUCAGGACCUAUGAUGCGUCCUCAAUAUUCUAUGCACAUGCAACAUUCCGCGGCGGCUGGUGGGCCAAGAACGGCUUUGGGCCCCUAUGGCGGUCCUAUAGGACCAGCUGGUCCUCAACAAAGGCCUCCUAAUGUACAAGUAGCACCCGACGGAAUGCCUAUGGGUUCGCAGCAAGAAUGGCGACACAUGAUGAUGCAGCAGCAACAGCAGCAGAUGGGCUUCGGGGGCGGUCCCGGGUCUGUUGGACCGAUGAGACAGGGCCCCGGUAGCUUUAAUGGGGGAGGAUUUAUCUCAAAUAACCCAGGCGGACCUAUAGUACCCAACGGACCAAACGGCCCUGGUAAUGGCAUGGGCGGUGGUUCAAAUCCAGGCAUGCAAAUGACAGCUACUCAAAUGCAACAGCAAAUGAUACGUCAACAACAAAUGCAAACGCAACAAAUGAUGGGCGGCCCCAACCCAUCCGCUGCCGCUGCCAAUAGCAUGCAAAUUCAAAUGAUGCAACAACAGCAUCAGCCACCACAACCUAACGGUCCAGGCGGUGGCCCCGGUGCCGGACCGAACGGCAUGAUGGCGCAAAUGCAAAUGGCGAGCAUGCAUAUGUCACAAACACAGCAACAGAUCACGAUGCAACAGCAACAAUUUGUGCAACAAACUACGACCACUACAACACAUCAGCAACAACAAAUGUUGCAAAUGCAAACACAGGGUCCCGGUAAUGGCGUCGGUGGCGGCCCUGUAAAUGGCCCGAACAGUACCAACACUCUUGUAGCCGCAUCUGCCUCGGUCUCAACAGCUACCGCUGUAGCCACUUCGAGCACUGCCAAUAAUAAUAUCAAUCAGACCAUUAAUUCGGUGGUGGCCAACUCAAAUGAUUUAUGCCUCGAGUUUUUCGAUAAUCUACCAGAUGGUAGCAACUUCUCUACCCAGGAUCUAAUCAAUUCACUGGAUAAUGAUAACUUUAACAUUCAGGAUAUAUUGCAAUAAAUAUUCUGCUGAGCUCGUGCGAAACGAAAAGGUAAUGAAAACAUAUUAUCGUGUAGUGGAGUCAGGGAAAUUGUUAUUUGCGUUGUUUGUUGUAGUUGACAUAAUUAAUUUACUGAGGUAUAUAAAGUAGAGAAUUUAAUUCUCUCUUUGCUUGGUUGUUGAAUAAUUUUAUUUAAAAAUCAAAUUUGUUCGACUUUUUCUGAAAAAACAAAAACAAAAAUUCUUUUCAAACUUUCAGCUUUCAAACAUUUCAGAACAUUCCAUUUUAUUUUCAUUAACAAGUUUUUCAUCUUUGCGGCAAUGAUUUUCCAAAAAACCUUUUAAAGGCAAUUCCAUCCUGUACCCGGUUAGAGAAAGUGAAAUAAUAUGCCGUUAAUAUACGAGAUAUGUAAAAUCUCAUAAAAAUUAUUGAAUGCAUCUCAAUGUUCUUUCAAUAAUUCUUCUCUGGACGUUAAACGUUUGACUGCACUCAAUAUUAAAGAUAAUCCCUAGGUUUGAAUACUCCAUACAAGUUCCUGCAAACAUAUAGUCGCUUCUAUUGUGUGAUUUUUGCUCACCGCUACCUUCCUUUUUCUUUUAUUUUUUUCCUUCCUUGACCAUUUUUCUCUUGCCUUCCUUACCUUCCGUCUUUUCUUUUAAAUUUCUCCUCUACUUAUCACCAAACUUAGGGUCAAACUUCUUACCAUUCACUUUAAUAGGGUGAGCAAACGUGCCCUCGCUUGAAGUCCGGCACGUAUAAUACUUUCUGAAGCUGUCACUAUUGUUAGAAUAGGAAUGGACAGGCUCUAACAGCUUAAGUCGCAUGAACUUCAGUCGUUGGAUUGUUGGAUAUUGCCUGCCUAACAAAUGGAACAGGUAAAGGCGGUUAUGAUAGUAAUAUCAGACGGGAUCGUUAUUGAAAUAUUCGCUUAUGGGUCGUUGUUCUCUGAGGCUGCUACCGUGACUUGGGUAGAAGAAGGUGGUGUCGGCAAAUCCGUUUUUAAGGACAUUGCGGCAAUAAGCUCUGACGUAACAAUUCUUAUCGAAGUUGAUGUUAAUGGAGAUAAUACAUUUCCCGAAGCGCUAAAUAUUUCCUUCCCUCGAUUUUAUAAUAAUUUGACACCUAUUGAAAAAUGGAAGGUCUGCCUUUCUGUUCUAGAAUAGAAAAUUCAAGGCGUCCUCUUCUUUUUUAUAGUCCACUCAAACUAUUAUCUCUUUUUGCUUAUAUCAUUUUCGGAGACACUUCGGUUUAUGUUUUAGUUUUAUUUGAGUUUAUCGAUGACGUUCAAUAUUUAACGAACAUAUAAUAACUCGAUGUCCCUAAAAAAGAUCAACUCUUCGCCUCGUUGCCCGAUGCUUUGGAUGUCGAACUUGAAAUAUCUUUUCCUCUAUUCAUUUCUUCUUCUUCUUCUUCUAUUUUUGGUCUUGUUCUCUAUUCUGUUUUCUCAUAACCGAUAUUGCAGCUAUGAGCAAUAUUUUCUUACCGAUGUGUGUACUUAAGUUGUGAAAAUAAAAAUAAUACAUUUGAUAUUUUUUAAAUAAAAUUAUUAACAACAAACGGAAAAAAUUAUAUAUUUUGUAAUUUUUAUAUAAAAAAAAACAAACAGUAUAUUUUAAGUUUUGUAAAUUUUUUUCCGAAAUGUUAGAUAUGUAAAAAUUCCUAACAUAUGCACUUAACAAAAAAAAAAAAAAAAAA